GAGAGGAGGAUGGCAGAGAUGUGUGACCCCAAGGAGCCAGAGGAGGCGGAGAUACGUGGGGGCCAGAGAUUGGCUGAGAGACACCCUGGACUCCUACGCAGUUUGAGGAGCUCACUAGCGUGUCUGACCCGGGACCCUCUGCUUCCCCUGCUGCUCUUCAUCUCACUGGGUUUCUUCACGCUCCAGCUGACCACGCUGAUUCAAGUUUCCAGGAUUCAGUUCCUGCAGAGAGAUUUGAAGGACCAGGACCACCCCAAGGAGAACAGCAGCCUGGUUAAUGUUGCACAGGAGCAGAUGCAAUCAAACCUGGAGGAGAUCCUGCAGCAGCUGACAUGGGUGAAUGCCACCCUGGCUGGCCUGUGCCAUCCUUGUCCUCGGAACUGGGAACUCUUCCAGGGAAGCUGCUACUUAUUCUCCUGGACCCAGAGUGACUGGAACUCUGCCGUCUCUGCCUGUCAGGACGUUGGGGCCCAGAUGGUGAUCAUCAACAGUCCUGAGGAGCAGAAAUUCCUGAAGAUUUGGUAUGUCAGAAAUAAUAAACCCAGCUGGAUUGGCCUCAGUGACCACCACAAUGAGGGCUCUUGGAAAUGGGUGGACAACAGCCCCCUCCAACUCAGCUUCUGGUUGAAAGGGGAACCCAACAACCACGAAGAUGAGGACUGUACGGAAUUGCACAAGGAUGGCUGGAAUGAUGGCAAGUGUAGUAUACAAAACUCCUGGAUCUGUGAGAAGCCCUCGGCUCCAUGCCCAGCCCUCUGAGGAUCACCGCCUCCCUCCACCGACUCCUGGCCCGGUCCGCAGAGAUCAAGCAGCUGGGACGUGCGCUGUGUUGGUUUCUCUCAGGCCCCACCCCUCUCUGUUUCCCCUUUGGUGAGUUCCUAUCCCCCUCCUGUAGAGAGUUCUUUGAGAUCCUGAGAGAGAUUCUGAGACCCCCUUAUCCUCUAAGACCCAUCCCUCCGUAAGCUACAGACCAUCUUUUUUCACCUAUUGAUGAAAAAAGCCCCCCCCCAGCUCCUCUUGUGACA